AUGUCAAACAAAGAAAAAGCAUCGGAUGAUCUGCAGGAAUCACUUACGGCAAUUGAUUACAUAAACCAGCAAGAGAAGCUAGAAAGGGAAGCUAGAAUAUUGAUGCCAUUUGAUCCCAAUGAGUGUACAUACGAAUUAGGAGAAUUGAGACAACAAGUGUAUGCCUGCUUGACAUGUUCUAGAACCAACGACAAUCAACCAAUUGGUGUUUGCUACUCAUGCUCCAUUCAAUGCCACUCCAAACAUGAGUUGGUUGAGCUAUUCACUAAAAGAUCCUUUUUAUGUGAUUGUGGAACUACAAGAAUGGCAAAGACCCCUAAUGGAGCUUGUAACUUGAGAAGAGCAGAUAGGAGUAAUUCAGGGCCACUCUCAAAACCGGGCAGCCGACAACCUAGCCACGUUGACCUCCCAGCGGAAGACAUACCAAGUAAUUCAAAUGUUUAUAACCAAAAUUUCUACGGAAAAUUCUGUAAUUGUAAACAACCGUACGAUCCUGCCAAAGAAACGGGGAACAUGUUUCAGUGUUACUUUGGAUUUGCCUGCGGUGAAGAUUGGUUUCAUGACAGAUGUAUCAUGGGAUUAAAACCCGAAUCACAGUUAACGGAGCAAGAGAACAAUGCUUCAGGGGCGAAUACAGGGCAAACGGGCAAUGAAGAAACUCCUAUGGAAGUAUCGCCGGGUGAUGACGAGUCAGACGAUGAAGAUGAUGUGGAUGCGAUAGGAAGACUACAAUACUUUCCUCGUUUCAAAUCAUUUGAUGAAUACAUUUGUUGGCAAUGCGUUUCCAAAUUUCGUGAAAUUUUCACGCAAUUGGACCAAAAAAUCCCAGGUGUCAUAUUAGAAAAGUUACCCAGAUUUAAUGGCGUUCGGUCUGUACAAGAAUGGAAGAAAUUGAAAAAAAAAGAGGACGAGCCGAAGGCUAAACGGGCAAGGAAGGACGGUGAUGACCACCGCCAUGAAGAGGAUCAAUACUCCAUAUUCCUUGCCAAACAUUUCAAAAAGAAGUUGGCUGAGAAUAUAUCGCGACUUGAUCAUGCAUCCAGUUUGUACCAAUUUCUUCAAAACAACCUGGAACUUUAUGAAAAUGAUCCAAUUCAUAAACCACCCGAGGACCCCUCAGAGGAUGCAUGGUCAAUAGCUACUUCAAACGCAGAUCUUGACGCGAUACAAUCUUUACCUCGUGACCAGGCAAUUGAAGGUAUCCAAGCGUAUAAUGCUAUAAAAGCCAAACUUCGUGAUUUCUUCAAACCUUUUGCCGAACAGGGUAAAGUUGUUACUGAAGAUGAGGUGAAGAGUUUUUUUGGAGAAAUGGUUGCAAAGGAGAAAUCUUCAGACUAG